CAAUACCAGCGGAUGUUAUUAAAAAAUAUUUUUGUUUAAUGCCUUCCGAAAAAUUAAUGCAAGAUGAAUGGGAAAAACAUGGAACAUGUUAUUGGCAAACACCUGAAGAUUAUUUCGAAAAAAUCAAUUAUCUCUAUUCAAAGAUAAAUAUACCUAAUAAUAUAAAUGAUAUUUUAAAUAAUGGAACUUUAGGAUAUAAAAGUAUUAAACAAAGUUUUAUAGAUAUAAAUCCACAAUUAAAAUGGGAAGAAAUUAAUGUUAUGAUGCGAAAAAAUAAAUUACAUGAAGUUGCUUUUUGUUAUGAUCUUAAUUUUAAUCAUAUCAAAUGUAUUUGA